ACGACCGAACAAGUCCCUUGCCUCUUCGCAAAUUUAACAAUUCCCCUUCCGCUAUAUCUCUCUCCGCCGUCUCUCCCAAUUCUCCGGCGAUGAACCUAUGUGCAAACGACGUUGUAUCCUCCGAACUUCCUCCUUCUCCGACCUCCUCCUCCUCCUUAUCCAUCGACGUCGAUGAGUCGUCUGAAGCUCGGAUCCGGCGGUUGAUUACAGAGCAUCCGGUGAUCAUAUUCAGCCGCUCCUCUUGCAGCAUGUGCCACGUCAUGAAGACUCUCCUCGCCAUCAUCGGCGUCCAUCCUACAGUCAUCGAGCUUAAUGAUCACGACGAAAUCGCCGCCGUUCCUUCUUCGUCUUUUGUUCGGGAUAGUUCGGCGCCGGCGGUUUUCAUCGGCGGGGCUAGCUUCGGCGGCUUGGAGACUCUGGUCGCUCUCCAUCUUAGCGGCCAUCUCGUUCCUAAACUUAUCGAAGUUGGAGCUCUCACGGUGGGACACGUGCAGUGCUAAAAGUGGAGAAUCAGGAAUGAUGGUCAUGCAGAUGCGCUACACAUGAUUUCUGCCUCUGUCCAAUUGGUGGGGUACUCUUGUAAUUAUUGGCAAAUUCUCUGGUCGCCACCGUAUAACCUGUGGGUUUCGUCGUAGACUAAAUAUUCUCUUAUUCCUCCNAAAAAA